UAAUGAGCUUGAUCUUUAUGCGAACGUUGUACAUGUGCGUAGUUUACCUGGUGUAAAAACACGCCAUAAGGAUAUCGACACUGUUAUUAUUCGAGAACAAACUGAAGGUGAAUACUCUGCGUUAGAGCACGAAUCUGUGCAUGGAAUCGUCGAAUGCCUAAAGAUUAUAACAGCUAAAAAAUCAAUGCGCAUUGCCAAAUUUGCUUUUGAUUAUGCCACUAAAAACAAUCGUAAGAAGGUGACUGCUAUCCAUAAAGCAAAUAUCAUGAAAUUGGGCGAUGGACUGUUUUUGAGAUCAUGUGAAACAAUGGCCAAAUUAUAUCCACGUAUACAGUUCGAAAAAAUGAUUGUAGAUAAUACAACUAUGCAGUUAGUAUCAAAUCCGAAUCAGUUUGACGUCAUGGUAACACCAAAUUUAUAUGGUAACAUAGUCGAUAAUUUGGCUUCUGGAUUAGUUGGUGGUGCUGGUGUCGUAGCGGGUGCAUCCUAUUCAGCAGAAGCAGUUGUUUUUGAACCAGGUGCACGACAUACUUUCUCAGAGGCUGUAGGUAAAAACGUCGCUAAUCCAACAGCUAUGUUGUUGUGUGGCGCGAAAUUACUACGUCAUGUUAAUUUGCAAUCCUACAGUGAUAUGAUUACAAAUGCUAUUAGCAAGGUUCUAAAUGAUGGAAAAGUCAAAACUAAAGAUUUGGGUGGACAGUCAACAACACAAGAUUUUACCCGUGCUGUAAUACACAAUAUACAUUGAGCGCAAAUCAAAUAUGAAGUCACAAAUGAUAUAUAGAUGUGGUCACUGCUUCCUAUUCAUAAAUAGUCUUGAAAAGUUUUCAAGUGGUUGCGGUGAAGUAGUUAAUGAGCAACACCACACUACACCACUAUAUAUAAAACAACAUUUAUAGCCUCAACAGUUGUCAAAAUUUUGAUUAGUGAUUUAAUUAAUUUAUAAUUUAUCCUAUUAGUUGCAUAUUUUUCCUGAGUAUUAAUUUGGCGAAUAUUUUAUUAUGUUCUCUAAAUUUAGUUGUUUUUAAAUUUUUAUAUAUUUUUUUUGCUUAUUCGCAUACCGCCCAUUUAGUAAUCUCUUUUAACCUGUUCGUCCGUUGUCCCUGCUAAGUAUUAAUAUCCAAACAUUUUAUUUUGUGCCAGUUUAUUAUUAAGUUUUAUGUCUAUAUCAACUUUAACGCAAUUAGCAAAAUUUUAGUGUAUUUUUAAUAUAAUUUUUUAAUUCCAAAUAAAUUUCGGCCAAAUCGCAAAAAUCUAAAUU